AUGUCAUUUCCCAAGACCUUGAGUCUUCUCUCCUGUACAGCUAUUGUAACGGGCGGCACCCGUGGCAUUGGCAAAGGAAUUUCGAUGGAGCUAGCCCGCCGAGGAGCUUCAGUUGCACUAGUCUAUGGGAAUCCUGCCCGUGCCUCCGAUGCUGCCUCAACAGUCGCCGAGAUCGUGGCUCUUAACAAAGACAUCAAAGCAAUUGCAAUCUGCGCCGAUUUAAGGGACAGAGAAUCUCCAAAACGAAUCGUGGAGGAGACCCUUAGAGCUCUGGGCACAGAAAAGAUUGAUAUUCUAGUUCACAAUGCAGCAAACCCAGAGACAACACCAACGCCGAACGUGACACAUGAAAUAUUUGAUACCGUUAUGGAUGUCGGCUUGCGUGCCCCUUUUUUCCUGACACAAGCUGCACAGCCGUAUAUGCACCCAGGCAGUCGUAUCAUCUUCAUAUCUAGCACUUCAGCCCGAUCGCCUUCACCGGGAAUUACACUACCGCUAUAUGCAGCAAGCAAAGCCGCAGGGGAAAGCUUGGUACGGAGUUGGGCGUUCGAGUUUGGACACUCACACGGUAUAACCGUUAACGCCGUCUCUGUAGCCUAUGUCGAGACUGAAGCUGUUUCCGUGGUUCCCGCUGCUCAGCUAGAAGCGUACCGUAUGGCGAGUGCCAAAAUUACUGCUGCAGCACCGCGCCCUGGAACCCCAGAUGAUAUUGCGCAGAUUGUGGCCUUUUUGGCUAGUGAUAGUGCAAGGUGGGUGACGGGAAGCACAGUGAGUGCUAAUGGUGGGCGACUCUUAUUCUAA